CUAUCCAACUCUCACUGCGUGAGCUACGCUAAACUUCACUCCACAGCCAUGCCUGCAACUCCAUUUUCGUGUUCGUUCCUCGUUUUGCAACCGCGCUUCAAUCACUACAUUAACCCUAUCUUCCGUUCACUCACCUACCAACUCUCUUCUUCACCGUUCCAAUCCAAUGUCAGACUCCACUGUGCACUCUCGCAAGCGGCAGAGGCCGAAUCUCCAACUGGCGGUCGCUCUGGUGCAUUGUCUCCCGGUCCUACGGUCACCGGUGAAGUUCAGAAAAUUGACGUGAAUCCUCCCAAGGGGACGCGUGACUUCCCGCCCGAGGAUAUGCGAUUGCGCAACUGGCUUUUUAACAAUUUCAAAGAGGUGUCGCGGUUGUAUGGAUUUGAGGAGAUUGAUUUUCCGGUUCUUGAGUCGGAGGCAUUGUUCACUAGGAAAGCAGGAGAGGAGAUUAAGGACCAGCUUUACUGUUUUGAAGAUCGGGGUAAUCGCCGCGUUGCGUUGAGGCCUGAACUUACUCCUUCUUUGGCAAGGCUGGUGAUACAGAAAGGGAAGUCCAUAUCACUACCAUUGAAGUGGUUCACUGUUGGACAAUGUUGGCGGUAUGAGAGAAUGACAAGAGGACGUCGUCGUGAGCACUACCAGUGGAAUAUGGAUAUCAUUGGUGUUCCUGGGGUUAUGGCUGAAGCAGAGCUUAUAUCUUCCAUUGUUACUUUGUUCAAGCGCAUAGGAAUUACAGAAUCGGAUGUUGGAUUUAAGGUUUCUAGUCGAAAGGUUCUACAAGAAGUAUUGAAGUGUUAUUCAAUACCUGAUAAUAUGUUUGGCAAGGUCUGCGUCAUUAUUGAUAAAAUUGAGAAAAUUCCAGUUGAUGAGAUAAAGAAAGAGUUGAAUGCUGUUGGUCUAUCACAGGAGGCUAUUGAGGAGCUAUUGCUAGUCCUUUCUGUAAAGUCAUUGACCGAAUUAGAAGAGAGACUCGGAGGCAGUGGGGAAGCAAUUGCUGAUCUCAAACAGCUAUUCUCACUGGCUGAAAAGUUUGGUUACUCCAAAUGGCUUCAAUUUGAUGCGUCAGUUGUUCGUGGCCUUGCUUAUUACACUGGCAUUGUAUUUGAGGGUUUUGAUAGAGAAGGAAAGCUCCGUGCUAUCUGUGGCGGUGGCCGAUAUGAUCAUUUGUUCUCAACUUUUGGGGCUGAUGACAUACCUGCUUGUGGUUUUGGAUUUGGAGAUGCAGUCAUAGUGGAAUUGCUCAGAGAGAAGGGUCUGCUACCAGAGCUCAGCUUGCAAGUAGAUAACAUUGUUUGUGCCUUGGAUGAAGAACUUCAAGGGUAUGCUGCUAUGGCGGCUAACAUUCUCAGAGAGAAAGGACAGAGUGUUGACUUGGUUUUGGAAAGCAAACCACUUAAAUGGGUGUUUAAACGUGCAGCCAGAACAAAUGCUGAGCGGUUGGUAUUAGUAGGAAAUUCUGAGUGGCAAAGGGGUGUGGUUGGUGUCAAAGUUCUCUCCACUGGUGAACAGUAUGAGGUUAAACUGGAUGAUCUAAAGUAAACCAGAAUACUAUCUAUGCCUACACAGCUUUAUCAACUGCUGCUUCUGUUCAUAUUUAUUUUUUACCAAAUCACUUCUCUUGCCUAUCUGUGUUUCCUUAUAUAGCACUAUGCUCAAUAAGGAAUUUUUUUAGUUUAAAAUAUUGAUUUGAAUGUUUUGUUUUGUAAUAUAGAUCUUUUCAACCUUAGGAUUGAAAGCUUUUCUCCAUAACUUACCAUACUAAAGAUGCUUACAAUUGGAGGCUUAUGCAAAACAAGUUUCUUUCAGCUCUAAACUGCUGCAUUCAGCAUUGGUCAUCCAUAUGAUGAUAUUUCCAAUUUAUCAAUAUUUGUGGCCUUAAAGAAGUUUUUGAA